AUGGAGGAACAAGGAGUUAUUGCAUACGUUGACUAUCCUACUGAUUGGGUCAGUAACAUGCAAGUGGUGGAAAAACCUAACGGUGCAUUACGAAUUUGUCUUGAUCCGAAAGCAUUAAACUCAUGCAUCAAACGUGAACAUUAUCUAAUCCCUACACAGCAGGAUUUGUUUAGUCGUCUCUCGGGUAAACGAGUUUUUACAGUGCUCGACUUAAGUAGUGGUUUUUGGCAAAUGGAACUGGACCGAGAAAGUUCUGACUUGACUACAUUUAUGACUCCAUUUGGACGCUAUCGCUGGACCCGUGUUCCGUUUGGACUCAACAAUGCCCCGGAAAUGUUCCAGCGUAGGAUGGUGCAGAUUUUUGGGGAUAUUUCGGGUGUGGAGAUAUACUUCGAUGAUAUGGCUAUUGCUGGAAAUGAUGAAGCUGAACAUGACGAUAUUUUAUCGCAAGUUAUUCAACGUGCUCGGGAAAAUAACAUAAAAUUCAACAUGAAUAAGUUGCAGUUUCGUACGAAUCGUGUUAAAUUUAUGGGAAACAUGAUUGGCAAUGGGAAAGUACAUCCUUUGGAGAAAGUUGUGAAGGCAAUCACCGAAAUGCAAAGGCCGAAGAAUGUUGCGGAUGUUACACGAUUCCUGGGUCUAUGCAAGUAUUUAGCUAAAUUCAUCCCGAAUCUUUCCCAGCGAACAUCGAAUCUCCGUAAGCUGACUCAUAGUGGCGUUGCGUGGGAUUGGGGUGAAAUACACGAACAAGAGAUGACUGAUCUUUUGACGACGAUUUCCAAAGAACCAGGUCUGGCUAUUUACGAUCCAAAAAAACCAUGCACUAUUCAGACAGAUAGUUCAAAAGAUGGCUUGGGUUGUGUCUUACUGCAAGAUCAUGGUCCUGUAGCGUUUGCAUCGAGAACGUUAACCAAGAGUGAGCAGCGAUGGGCCCAAAUUGAGAAAGAAUUGCUGGCGGUAGUAUUCGCGUUCAAUAGGUUUCAUUUCUUCAUUUACGGUCGAGAGUUUGUGGUUCAGUCAGAUCAUAAACCGCUUGAAACUUUGAUCAAAAGAAAUAUUGAUGAUGUAACGCCUCGUCUUCAGCGCAUGAUCCUAAUACUGCUCAAAUAUUCCGGGCUGUCUCUGGUGUAUACUCCGGGUAAGAAUUUGUUGGUAGCCGAUUGUCUCUCGAGAGCUGCUCUUCCGGAAACGGGUGAAGUUCAAGAAGAUCUAGAGUAUGCUGUUCAUGCUCUUGUUAAAAAGGCUUGUAUGUCCCAGGAUAACUUCAACUUGUACAUAGAAAGACUGAAUCAAGAUGAACGUUAUUUGCGCAUUAUUAAAUACGUUGAAAGUGGAUGGCCGCCAUACCACAAACUGGACGAUUUGAGCCAGCUGUUCCAUAAGUAUCGUGAAGAGCUUCAUUUUGAAAAUGGGCUUCUCUUCAAAGAUCACCGCUUGGUAAUUCCUACAGGACUGCAGAAAACUAUAUGUCAGUGGCUGCACGCACCGCACUUGGGAACUGAGAAGACUUUAUCUCGAGCGAGAGUACAAUUUUUUUGGCCUGGAAUGACCAAUGACAUAAAGGAAAUAACCACGAACUGUUUGGUAUGCGAGAAAUUUCGGCGAAACAACCAAAAGGAGCCACUCGUUCAGGAUCCAUCGCCUGAAUAUCCAUUCCAUCGUGUUGCGACGGACAUCUAUGAAUAUGGUGGUCGUGACUGGUUAGUCCUUAUCGAUGCAUAUUCUGGAUUCAUCUGUUCUGAUCGGCUGGAAGAUAAAACAAUACGCAGUGUUUGUAAACUGUUCGAUCGAUUUUUUAAUUGUUUUGGUUACCCAACAAUUAUCCGUAGUGAUAAUGUGCCUUUUAACUCUCGGGAGUGUGAAAGAUACGCAAACCUAAACAAUAUUACGUUUGAAUUUUCAAGUCCACGAUAUCCCCAAAGCAAUGGACUCGCGGAGAAAAGUGUGGCGAUUGCCAAAAAUAUUUUGAAACGAUGUUUUGAAACAGGAGAAGUUGAGCAGUUCCAGUACCGUUUGCUCGAAUACAACACGACACCAGUUGCUAGCAUGCAAUUGUCGCCCAGCCAGCUAUUCUUCGGAAGACUUGUGAAGACUCGCUUGCCUAUUGAGGAAAGCUUAUUGAAAAGGAACACCCUGGAUGAGAACGAUGUGCAACAGAAAAUUUUGAAAAAGCGUGCUAUUCAGAAAGGCUACUAUGAUCGUAAUGCAAAACAAUUACCAGUUUUGAAACCAGGCGAAAGAGUUCUCUUCAGAAAGAACGCGCGAGAAUGGCAUUAUGGUUCAGUUGUUCGAGACGUUAAUGGUCGUUCUUAUGUAAUUCGAGAUACUUUUGGUAAUCAUUUCCGUCGGAACCGAAAAUUCAUGACACGUACCAUCAAUAACGAGGCUGAUCCCAGUGAAAUUCUGCUUGAAGAUCAUGCUGCAAAAUAUUUCAUAAAUCAAAAUCCACCCAGGGUUGUAAGACAACCUGUUGACAGAGUUCAACCUGAAAGUCCGUCCUGUCACAUUCGUCUCGGUAUGAAUCAAGCGCCAGAAACGUCGUCUACUGAAAGUAGUCCAUCAAGUGUAGGUUCGUCCCCUGUGCAUGUAAAUACACCUACGGUUGAAAGUCCUCUUAUAGCUUCACGGCGGAUUAAGCAUGAACCCAUUGAUCCAUUGUCGGAACAGGAAGUGAAAUAUCAUGAACCCCGCUACGAAAGCUGUCCCUCGCCUUUGCUUGAAGCUGAACCUGAGCGUGACUUGCUCGAAUCACAAGGCUCACAUGCAACCCGUAGUGGUCGCAUGAUUGUUAGACCAGAUCGUUUUGGACAAUGGCUAUACUAA